AUGGAUACUUCGAAGAGUUCGAGAUACCGAGGUGCUUAUGACUUCGAAUGGGCGGUGAAGCUAAACCGUUUCAGUUUAAGGCUGAUCGGGCUUUGGCCGAAGAUAGAAUGCAACGUUCGAGAAGUGUCAAUGUACAAUUUCCGUCCUCUAAUGAUUAUCGUAAUGCUAACAAUCAGCGUUCUUAUCCCCUCUGUACACUCGCUGAUAAGAAUUCGUACGAAUAUCAUGUUGCUAAUUGAUAAUUUGCAAUUUACUCUGCCGGCUAUCACCUGCGCCAUUAGGAUCAUAAUUUUCUGGUGGAAAAAGGAAGCUGUUACAUGGAUGUUAAAUAUGGUCGCGGAGGAUUGGUUGAAACUGAAAAGCGCGCAGGAGCGAGAGAUGAUGAUCAGGAGAGCGCGAACCGCGCGAAUAAUCAUCACGUUCGGAUACUGCGCGAUGAUAUUAGCGUUUAUUCUGGUCGGCGUUCUGCCCAUCUGCGGGAUCUCGAUGAGAUAUCUGACGAACAUCACCGAUCCGGACAGGUUGCUGCCGUUGCAGACGUAUUACGUUUACGACGUGAUGAGCAGCCCGCGGUACGAAUUGACGUUCGGUCUUCAGUUCGCUUCCAUGUUCUUCGCCAUCAUGACCUAUACCGGUAUCGAUAAUUUUCUUGGGCUGCUGGUGUUCCAUAUCUGCGGCCAAUUGGAGAUCCUGAGAAAUCGUAUCGAGCACCCGGAUCAAUUCGUCGAUUUUCACGACGUGCUGAGAAGCAGCGUGGAAGAUCACACACGGUUACUUAGAGCCAUUGCUGUUAUAGAAGAUACAUUUAAUAUGAUGCUCCUUGUAUUAUUUUUAUAUUUUGGGAUUCUCUUUGCCUGUUACGGAUUUUUAAUAAUGAGUUUACUAGAGAAAGGAAACGAUAUAUCGAUCAGUCACUUGGUGUACGAAGUAUGCAUUGUUAUCAACACAUUCGGUCACAUGUGCCUUUAUUGCGCCGUAGGAGAGAUUCUAGUAAUGCAGUGCGAUCGAAUCCAUUAUGCUGUGUACAAUUAUAAAUGGUACACUCUGAAUUCAAGGAACGCGAGAGGUUUCAUCUUGUUGAUGAUUAGAAGCAGCAAACCGAUUUAUCUCACGGCUGGUAAAGUGUUUCCUAUGACAAUGGCUACAUUUUGUAACCUGAUCAAAACGUCAGCCAGUUACAUAUCUGUACUCCUUACAACAAAAAGUUAAUCAAUGAUUUAAAAUAGAUUUGAAUUAUUCCCUGUUAUAUAAUUAUUGAUAAAUGGACCUUGCAACAAUAAU